GACAAGUUCCUGGACGCUCUCAACAAACAAUUCAAGAUGAAGGACUUGGGACAGAUGCAUUACUUUCUCGGCAUUCAAGCGACCUUCCACUCCAAUGGUCUCUUCCUCAAUCAACAGCAGUAUGCAGAAAACAUACUCGCUGUAGCUUCAAUGUCUAACUGCAAUCCAGUCGCUACUCCACUACCGACUCAGCUAAAUCAGAUUCCUCAGAAGAAGGAACUGUUCUCAAAUCCAACUUACUAUCGCACUUUGGCAGGUAAGCUCCAAUACUUGACGCUGACACGUCCUGAUAUCCAGUACUCUGUCAACUACAUCUGUCAGAAGAUGCAUUCUCCCACAGUCUCCGACUUCGAUCUGCUCAAACGAAUCCUCAGAUACGUCAGGGGAACGACAGAUAUGGGUAUCAACUUCACAAAAGAAACAGAUUUUGUUGUUCGAGCUUACAGUGACAGUGAUUGGGGAGGUUGUCCUUCCACUCGUCGCUCCACUGGAGGUUUCUGCACAUUCCUCGGCUCAAAUCUUCUAUCUUGGUCAUCCCUGAAGCAACCUUCUGUCUCUCGCAGCUCAACCGAGGCAGAGUAUCGAUCACUCUCAGAAACGGCAACAGAACUUCACUGGAUUGGCUCUGUGAUGCGCGAGCUUGGAAUUCCUAUGCAGACUACACCGGAAUUGUACUGCGACAACCUCUCCUCCGUGCACCUCACUACCAAUCCAUCUUUUCACAAACGAUCGAAGCACUUUGAGCUCGAUUAUCACUACGUCCGUGAAAGAGUCGCUCUCAAAGCUCUGGUCGUUCGUCAUAUCCCAGCUCAACAACAGCUCGCCGAUAUUUUCACCAAAUCCCUUUCUGCGGGGGCGUUUCAGAAUCUCCGGGCCAAACUUGGCGUCGUCGUUCCUCCGUCGCUAAGUUUGCGGGGGGGCUAUAGGAACUUUACAUGAAAGUAAGCAAAACGACACAGCUUUGCCAAGAUUCACUAAAGAACAAAAGGGCAAAGCCAUCUUGACCCAAACCUAUGACGAGGCCCAAGUCCAGCACAAGCCCAUCAAGGCUCUGUCUACUAACGGUCAACAAACAUCACAACGGUCGGAGACUCCCCAAACAGUAGUACACAAGCCAGCUGCAAACCGUACGUCUGGAAGAGCGUGCCCGAUGGAGCUGUCCAAUCCAUUCUCAGCCUUAGAUCAAUUGUCUUGCACCUGAUGAUGACACAUGUGUGUGUUCUAGCCUUCUAGGGUUUUACACUUUCAGUAUAAAUAGAUCAUCUCUGUAAACAGACUUUCUAAGUAAGAAACAACAGUUUAUCAAAAGUAAAACUUGAUCUUCUUCAUUUACCUUUAACUUCUACGGGACACAGAAGCUGGCCUUGUCGAUGCUGCUCUCAUCGCUAUUUGCCCUGGCUACAUCUCUCGCUCCGUUGCUGGAUCCUAUGAUAACGAGGCCGUUGCCAUUUUCGCUCUUUUGCUGACGUUUUAUCUCUUUGUUAAGGCGGUGAACACUGGAUCCUUGUCAUGGGCUCUUGGCUCUGCGUUUGGUUACUUCUACAUGGUUUCCUCUUGGGGAGGCUAUGUCUUUAUUAUUAACUUGGUUCCGCUUUACAUUGCUUAUAACUCUAUGUAUAUCUUGGGGAUGCUGCUUGCUUGCGAUGCAAAUUAGGUUUGUUGGGUUUCAACAUGUUCAAUCUGGAGAGCAUAUGGGUGCAAUGGGUGUCUUCUUGUUGAUGCAGGUUUCUUCUCUUUCUACCCACUUGUUCCUCCUGCCUGUAGAGGUUUCAUUUGGUUUUUCUUUGUUUAUGUUCAACCCUUCUUUUAGUUUCUAGUAUUGUAAUUGGGUUUCUACCUAACCUGUUGAUUAUCAGCUAGAAAGUUGGAACCUUGUUUCUGAUCCUUCUGUUUCACACACAUUGUACAGGUGUUUUACUUCCUCGACUGGAUGAAGUACCAGUUGAAUGACAUCAAGUUGUUCCAAACCUUUUUGAGGAUCAAUGUGACAUCCGCUAUUUUGGUUGGUGGUAUUGCUUUGGGUGUUGGCACAACGUCUGGCUAUAUCUCUCCGUGGACUCGUCGAUUUUACUCAUUGCUUGACCCACUUAUGCAAAGGAUCACAUUCCCAUUAUUGCCUCUGUUUCUGAGCAUCAGCCUACGGCAUGGUCCUCUUUCAUGUUUGACUACCAUAUUCUGCUCUUCCUUUUCCCUUCCUGACUUUGCUUCUGUUUCAAGCGUUUGUCAGACGCCACAAUAUUUAUCGUCAUGUAUGGUCUCACCAGCUUGUACUUUGCUGGUGUCAUGAUCCGGCUUAUCCUCGUCGCCACUCCAGCAAUAUGCCUUAUAAGUGCCAUAGCUGUCUCUGCCACUGUCAAGCACUUAACAUCUCUGUUAAGGGCAGAACAAAAGGUUCCCCAGACUGGUUCUUCUAAAGGACCUGGUAGUUCAAAAGCCUCGUCAAAGGUGAAUCUUUAAUGUCCCUGUUCCAACCAAUUUCUAUGGUACCGUUUGCCACCUACUUUGAACUUUGGUACAGCUUCUCUUGUGAAAGUAGAAAAUAUAAUCCUUAUCUUGUAUGUCCAUACAGGUUACACUUGAUCCGUCUCAACCUUUCCAAAGGAAUGGUGCCAUUGCUCUUCUUGUUGGAGUAUUUUAUUUGCUCAGUAGAUAUGCUAUUCACUGCACAUGGGUGACCAGAGGCAUAUUUAUCUCCCUCAAUUGUCCUAGCUGCAAGAGGAGCCCAUGGAAACAGAAUCAUCUUUGAUGAUUACUGUGAGGCCUACUACUGGCUUAGGCAAAACACUCCUACUGAUGCUAAGGUCAUGUCGUGGUGGGACUAUGGGUACCAAAUCACUGCCAUGGGAAACAUAACUGUCAUCGUCGACAACAAUACCUGGAACAACACUCACAUUGCUACUGUUGGACGUGCCAUGUCUUCUUAUGAAGACGAGGCAUAUGACAUCAUGAGGUCACUUGAUGUUAAUUAUGUGUUGGUCGUCUUUGGUGGCGUUACUGGCUAUUCUUCAGAUGAUAUCAACAAGUAAGUCUCUUUACUUCUCUCAUGUAUAUUCAUGUGGUUGUAUAUGCUAAACAUAUACUUACUUACUUAUUGCAUUGAACGGUCUUCUACUUUCUCAAUACAGUUGAUGUAUUGGAUUUACUGAUUCCUUUUUCUUUUUAUAAAUAUGGUUUAGGUUCUUGUGGAUGGUGAGAAUCGGAGGUGGUGUAGACCCAGUGAUCAAGGAGCCUGAUUACCUUGUGAAUGGUGAACUUCGUGUAGACAAAGGUGCAUCGCCGAAGAUGCUGAACUGUCUCAUGUAAGUUCCGCACUCAAGACUCUAUAUUCUUAUGCAUAUUUAUUUAUCUCCCAAAAUGAGUUAUAGCUGAGAAAGAUGCAAUGCAUUUUAAAUGUGUGUUUUCUUGUAGGUACAAAUUAUGCUACUACAGGUUUGGCGAGCUUGUCACAGAAUAUGGCAGCCAACCGGGUACGUCAACCACCAAAUCUGAAUGUCACGUCUUAUACGUGUCCAUGUGCCAGAAACAAUUGGGUUGUGAAAUUGUUGGCAGGUAUGAUAGAGCAAGAUGGGUGGAGAUAGAGAAGAAAUAUAUCAAACUGAAACACUUAGAAGAAGCCUACACAACAUCAAACUGGAUUGUCCGUAUUUACAGAGUCAAACCUCCCACAAACAGGUUGUGAGACACUUUUAAGAGAUUCCUUCUAACAGAGUAUGGCUUUAGAUAGUGAAUAGUUUUAUGGAGAAAAUUUUUGUUGGACAUGGGUUUGUUUUUUUUUUAUGCAGACUGUUUUGUAGCUUUUUGUCGCUUAAAAGUUUGGAACAUAUUUAAAUGUUUGGUCAUCUUCAGCAACAAGUUCUGAAAUAAUAAUUGAGCCAAUAUAAAAGUCAAUAAUUAUAUAUGUUUUAAUAAGUCAGCAACAUUAUAAAACUCAGUAAGUUAAAUUCUCUCCUAUUCAUAUUAAGUGUCAUUUUGACAUUUUUCACGAAGAUUAAAAAAAUUGAAUAAUAGAUUAAUGUAUCUUUGUUUAAUUUAUGAUUAAUUAAAUGAAAAUAAUUUAAGUGAAAAUUUAUUGGUUAUUCAAAAUGGUAAAAGGUACAUUAAUGUAAAUAAUUACAUUAUGAUUGUAAAAUGAUAUUUUUUUAAACAACAAAAUAAACUUAAUAGCUAACAUUUUAAUUUUUCGUUACAAUCUCACCACUACUAAACAAUGUAAACUCUGUAACUUAUGCAGGUACCAUGUACAGUUCUUAUAACUUAUGCAGGUACCGUAUACAGUUCUGUGUGUCUGAUUGGGACAGUACGUUUGGGUUUGUCGCAUUUGAUGGAGAAAUGACUAAAUAACCAAUGCGCAUUCAGUAGAAGUCGCUCAACUUAUGGUAAACCAGCGAGAACCUUAUACAAUUGUUGGAUUAAGUUUUUUUUUAAAACACCACUACAGAAAACUCAUUGAACUUUCUAAAAGGUCUAGGUUUGGAGGAUCCCGAUCAAAGACCCCUACCACAAUGCUUAGAGGACCGGUUUGGAAGAAGAAUAUGCGCGAGUAGUGGAAGCCAUGAUCUGCUUCAUCUUGGUGGAGUCAAAGCUGACAGUGCAGAACUUCAGGAGGACAUGCGCACCGUCAAGAAGGCCCGCAAUGGUAGCUUCACAUCAUAGGGAUUGUCCAAGCCCAAUGGUUUAGCCAUAAUAGUAUCAAAAAUAUUAAAACACUAGCUUAAUACAUUUUAUCAUCAAUGAAAAGGAUAAAAAACAUGUCAGUCGGAUGACUACAUUAUCAUGUAUCUCAUAUGUAAGCAGUAAUUAGUUCACUAAAAACAAAGGAAAAUGUUUUUUUUUUCAUAUUGAAAGUGGUCAGGCAUCAUUCGUUUCUUUGAUAAAGUAAUGAUACUUUUGAUACUUUAAAUUAAAUACUGUAAAUUUUUGUAAUUGUAGUUUUUAGUUGUCUCUCUUUUUACACAUAUAUAUAUAUAUAUAUAUAUAUCUUUUUUAUAUAUAUAAAAAACAGUUUGUUCUCUUCUCCUUAAAAUACGUAGGAUUCCACCUAGAUAAAUCAAGCUCUCUCAGGCCGACACAUGUCAUGUAAGAACGAAACUCACCGUUUCAUUUAAACGCCAAAUCUGAUGGGCUUUCGUUGUUUAUUACAUGCUGGGCUCUGGGUAUGUUCUCUGCGAGCCGAAACCAAAAAAAUUGCCGUCUAACCUAAUUGCUCGAUCAAAGCUUUACCGAUCGUCUCUCCGUUUCUGCGACGGCGACGCAUGAUGCAUGCGCUUCCUUUCCCCUGACUGAAACGGCCAGAGUUAUAGCUUCAUCUUUAUUCCAAUUAAUUACAUCUCAAAAUCAUCUAUUCAAUCCUCUUAAUCAUAAGCUUCUCAAAUCCAGAGAAAACGUUUCUCUGCAAUGCUCCUCCGAUUUAAAGGCUGGCCUGUUGAACCUACUCCGUCAAGGCUCACCUCCCUCUUGCAAUGAUCACUGAAUCCUGUCGCAACCUCUCUCUUGCAUAAGAUCUAUAGCGAUCCGAUUUAGUUCUUUGGCCAUUUAGUUGUUUUGCUUGAGCAAUUAUAUGUAUUUGAGUUGUUGAAUAGAUUCUUGCUAAUAGCAUCGAUAUGGAACAAUUGCAGAAGCAUCUGAAAAAAAAAACAGGGGCUAAAGCAUAGAAACAAUGAGGUUAUUGUAUGUUUCUUUAACUCUUCGAUUAUUUUCUGACCGAACCAUAUUGGAUUUGAAUGGUCUGACUUUUCUAAAAAAAAUAUAUUGACUAUGAUUUCGUCAAAUUUUGCGGAACGACGGUUAACUAAUCAGUAACCAGUAAGGCGAGAUGAAAAGGAGGAGGAAUUGGCACUGUAAUCCAUCGUCUUCCACUGUCUUCGAGAACAAACGCAAAAGGUAACUACAGAGCAAGUUGUUCAAUAGUUAUCAGAGAAUAAGAAGAAGCGCAAAUAGUUACAUAGCGAAAAACUGUAAUAAGAGACUACACGCUUCACAUGAUUCAAAAUCAGAAACAUGGGACAAAGAGGAAGCGACAUCAACGUAUCAGUGAGAGAGAGAGGACAAAAACAAUCAGCAGACGACAGAUAUGCAAUCUGAAGAAAUAAGAGUCUGAUAUGUCCAAGAUGCCAGAGCAUGGACACGAAGUUCCGUAGUUACAACAACUACGAGAUAAACCAGCCUUGCCAUUUUUGCAAAUCCUAUCAAAGAUACUAGAUUGUCCGAGGGAGUAUGAGGACUGUGGCCGCAGGAAAAAAAGCUCAUCCUCUCAUUACGGCCACAUCACAAUCUUCGAGGCCAGUCCAACACUGGAGUCCUGAUUUAGUUUAGAAGCUCAUUAGCAGCACGCUAAUCCCUCCCAUGACAUAUGUGAUGAAGCUACAAGGUGACCAGCAAGUUUUAAGCGGAGCUAGAAAUAGGUAGCUCGAGUAGAGAAGGGAGACAAUUGUUCGAGCCAUGCCUAUGUGACUACUUCUAACAAUCACUCACUGGAUGAAUCAGGAGCACAAAGUUGUAGAGAUAGUCUAUCAAUGUCUGCUACUCAUCCACCAUUUUUCUUAACUGAUGUAUAAACGAGGAAAAAAAAAAAGUAGAAUAUUUAGUAACGUAUAAAUCAGUUGUGAUUUAACAAUUAUUUUCAUCAAAAUUAAAUAAGGAUGAUACAAACAAUUAGAUCCUAAUUAUUCUCUAUGUCAGAUAAAUGCAUAUUUUGUUUUACAAAAUAUUUACAUAGAUACAUUUCAUUUCAUUUUUAAAACAAAGAUCCACAAGCUGGAUAGAAUUAAUAUAUUUACAUAUAUUUGAUUAAUAUUUUAUUUUCAAAAAUGCUAAGACCGUUAAACAAGAAAAUGCUACUAUAUUUACACAAAUAUACUUAAUUUUAUUUUUCAAAACAAAGACACACAAAUUUGUAUUUAAUGUUUUCAAAUGGUUCAGUAUAUCUAUGGAAUAUACCGUAAUACUUUAUUUACACAACAAAUGAAAUAAAUAUAUUUCAAAUGAAUCAACGCAACUGGUGCGUGACAUAACCUCAUAAAAUAUAAUCAAUAAAGCAUUAACUAAUCAAACAUACUUAUAAACAAAAAAAAAUUAAAAGUCAUAUUAAGAAAACUAAAUAAAAAUAGAUUGUACAUCCAUAAUAUUGUUAAGUAGAAAUAGUCAUUUGUAUAUUCCGAAGAAAUCAUAUAUAUAUAUAUAUAUAUAUAUAUAUAUAUUAAUAAAAAAAUUAAAAAGGUGAUCGUUGUAGUAGUUAAUAAUUGAUAUUAAAUAUAUGAUGCAGCUAUUAAAUCAAAUUUUGAAAAUAUAUUUCAAAUGAAUCAACGCAACUGGUGCGUGACAUAACCUCAUAAAAUAUAAUCAAUAAAGCAUUAACUAAUCAAACAUACUUAUAAACAAAAAAAUUAAAAAGUAAUAUUAAGAAAACUAAAUAAAAAUAGAUUGUACAUCCAUAAUAUUGUUAAGUAGAAAUAGUCAUUUGUAUAUUCCGAAGGAAUCAAUAUAUAUAUAUAUAUAUAUAUAUAUAUAUAAAUAAAAAAUUUAAAAAGAUGUUCGUUGUAGUAGUUAAUAAUUGAUAUUAUACGAUGCAGCUAUUAAAUCAAAUUUUGAAUAAUUAUUUAGUUUUAUAUGGUAUAUAUUUAGUUGUAAACUAUUUUCCGUAAUCAUUUGUAUUUUGUUAUAAAUAUCUAAACAUCAAUCACUAAAUUUCAGUGGGAAUUUAACAGCUUAUUAGUUUAUAAUCAUUUUUCAAGUUCAAAACAUAACAUAUACGAAAAAAACAAGAUAAAAACCCUAAAAUUUUUCCUACAAUUUAUUCUUACAUCUCAAUCAAAACUUACAAGAUAUUACUAAAUAUUAGAUGCACCACAUAAGUUAUUAUAUGAUAAUAACUUCCACAACGACGGCAUAAUUACCUCCUUAAGAGUAAAAUAUAAGCAAAAAUAUAUAAUAUAUAUAAAUUUAUAGUUUAAACCGACAAAACAUUUGACUGUUUGUCACUAUCAGUGCAUCGUUGAUUGGUUUAUAUCAAAUUUAACCUGCCCAGCAUGUCGAGAUAUAAUACUUUAGUAUUAUUAUUUUCGGUUUACACGACUAACAAUUAACCGACCUAAUAAUAAAUUUUACUCAUAUAUAUUUACUUAAUCUUUAAUUACAAGUUCAUGUCUUUCCUCACAAGAUUUUUUAGAUUCAUCCAACUCCAGAAAAUUACGAAAACUGAUGUGAUGGCACCAUGAAAAAAUAAAUAAAUCAAAACUACUUAUCAAGAUAGUAGGGUAUAUUUAGUUUUCAAAUACAAUAACAUGUACAAAAUUUAACUAAUAUGUAUAUUUUUAAAUAUAACAAUUUAUAUUAAAUAUUUACUGUAACUAUUUAAAUUAUUUUCAAAUUAUCAUCCCGCCCGUAGGGCGGGCCGGCCCUAGUUAUACAUAAAGUUUUGUUUUUAUUUGGAGUUAUUCUUGGGAACCUUUUAUUUGUACUAGCACUUAAAUAAUACUACAAUCUGUACUAAUAUCAAAAUAUUUUGCGAACCAAUACAUGUUGGUUUUACAAUGGAAAUAAUAAUUCAAAACCAUAAAGAAUUAGUCACAAGAAAAACAACAUCAUAUAAAACGUAUACAUUAAACUAGGGUUUAGCAAAAUAUUAAAAUCCGAAAAACCAAAUCGAAUCCUACUUUAAAGCAUACCAAACUCGAACAAAAGAUGAUAAAAUAUUCAAUGAUUUAAUGAAUUUAAUCUGAAAAACUGGAAAUGAACCAGACAUGAACCAAAAUAUU